GUUCAAGUUCAGUCUUCGUUCUUCCGAGUUUUAUCACCAAAGGCGACAAUGCAGGCAGCCACAGCUCUGAGCAGGGGUCCUCUCGCAGGGCCUUCCUCAUUCUCCCACAGAACCACCACCUCAUCAGAAGUCUCUCAACUCCGCAUUCCGUCCAGCCGACUCCCCUUCUCGCAGCCCUUCUCCUUCCCAAGCAAAAUCCAGAAUGGCCACCGGUGGCUUUGCCAGGCAGCGAAUGAACCCAGCCUAUACCAGCCGUUUAGACCACCCCCAUCGGUUGCACCACCAGAAGAGGAGACUGUGCAGGGUACCAAAGAAGAGAUGCUGCAGAGGCUAACUGAGAGGAUGGGUUUGUGGCAUGAAUGGGCACCACUUAUCUCGCUCCUGCAGAAACAAGGCGUGAGCCCCAAGGAGAUUGAUGAGGUGACGGGUCUGACAGGGGUGGAGCAGAACAUGACGGUGGUUGGUGCGCAGGUUUACAAGUCCCUGGGCGCUCAGGGCUUCCCUGAGGAUCAGCUCCGCUUCUUUGACAUCGCCGGCUCCGGAGUUCUAUACGAGCUGCGUGUUCUGGCCGUCAACCAGAGGCGUAGCGCUGCAGAAUACAUCAUUGAUAACAACCUCGACGCAAAGGGGGUCCGGGAACUAGCCAAGGCAAUUAAGGACCACGAACGGAAGCGGGGGGGCGAGGGCCGUGACGCUUUCACACAGGCCCCUGGGGAUGCAAUGGCUUUCGCUUUCUAUAGAAAUGCGAAGGAGGCGAGGAGCGAACAGGAGAGGGAGAGUCUAUUGGAACAGGGAUUGAGCGUGGUAGUCACGGAAGCGGGCCGGAAGAAACUGGAGGAGCUGCUGAUCAAGAACAAGGACGUGAAGAAAAGCGUGACGGCGCGGUUGCAGCUUGUGCGCCUGCAGAGGGACGAGACGACGCCCCGCGCAAUUCCAGUGGUCGGGGCUCUGUCCGAAGUUUCGGCGGCCGAUGUUGAAGCGGCUCCUGUCGCUCGGACGGACACGCUCUUCCCGAUUUUCACGACCACGGGGCAUGGGAAGUGGGUGGCGGUUCCAAGCUGGACGGCAAUCAGCGAAGCGCAGGCUCCGGUCGGGAUUUUGCAUCCGGACGCCAAGACACUGCCCGGCGAUGCCGGCGCACGCACGUCUGGAGGACCUGCGUUGGUGGUAGUGAAUAGGAACGAUAGAGCGUUGUCGGAUGAGCAUUACUACCUUGUUGAGAAGACAGGUGAACCGGGCCUCGCGCUUAUCCAGGGGUCAGAUGCAGAUGCUUCAGGCCAGGUGCUUGGACGGGUUGUCGUGGCUGUACGGCCGCCGUCCAAGAACGAGGAGAUCGAGGAGAUCGACUGGGUCUAAAGAUGCGUUGGAACAAAUCAGCCAAAUUUUGUAGCCUGAGUAGAGUUGACCUGAACAUAGGAGAUAUGAUGCGUUGACAAAUCAAUGUCAGGUGGCAUGGCGCUUCCCUAGGCAUGUUAUCUUAUGGGAAUACCGUGUGAGAGCGCAGAAUCAGGACGGAAGAUUUGUUCUUCCGCUUGCAACCCGUUCCACUUAGCUGUGUCAAUGUUGGAAUGGGAAAGCAUCUUACGGUUGAUCGAGUCUUACGUUAAGCCCAUGCAAUUCCAUGCAGACCAGCUCCAGUUCUAGAGCAGCCGCGGUGGUCAGAACCACUUGCAGCGUUUCCAUCACCGCUUACAAUCAAUCACGUG